AUGUCUGCACUCCGAAGGAAAUUUGGGGACGAUUACCAGGUAGUGACCACCUCGUCCAGCGGCUCGGGCUUGCAGCCCCAGGGGCCGGGCCAGGGCCCGCAGCAGCAGCUUGUGCCCAAGAAGAAGCGGCAGCGGUUCGUGGACAAGAACGGCCGGUGCAAUGUACAGCACGGCAACCUGGGCAGCGAGACGAGCCGCUACCUCUCGGACCUCUUCACCACCCUGGUGGACCUCAAGUGGCGCUGGAACCUCUUCAUCUUCAUCCUCACCUAUACCGUGGCCUGGCUCUUCAUGGCGUCCAUGUGGUGGGUGAUCGCCUACACUCGGGGCGACCUGAACAAAGCCCACGUCGGCAACUACACGCCCUGCGUGGCCAAUGUUUAUAACUUCCCCUCCGCCUUCCUCUUCUUCAUCGAGACCGAGGCUACCAUCGGCUAUGGCUACCGCUACAUCACCGACAAGUGCCCCGAGGGCAUCAUCCUCUUCCUCUUCCAGUCCAUCCUCGGCUCCAUCGUGGACGCCUUCCUCAUCGGCUGCAUGUUCAUCAAGAUGUCCCAGCCCAAGAAGCGCGCGGAGACCCUGAUGUUUAGCGAGCACGCGGUCAUCUCCAUGAGGGACGGAAAACUCACGCUCAUGUUCCGGGUGGGCAACCUGCGCAACAGCCACAUGGUCUCCGCGCAGAUCCGCUGUAAGCUGCUCAAAUCUCGGCAGACACCUGAGGGUGAGUUCCUUCCCCUUGACCAACUUGAACUGGAUGUAGGUUUUAGUACAGGGGCAGAUCAACUUUUUCUUGUUUCCCCCCUCACAAUUUGCCACGUGAUCGAUGCCAAAAGCCCCUUUUAUGACCUAUCGCAGCGAAGCAUGCAAACUGAACAGUUCGAGAUUGUCGUCAUCCUAGAAGGCAUUGUGGAAACAACUGGGAUGACUUGUCAAGCUCGAACAUCUUACACUGAAGAUGAAGUUCUUUGGGGUCAUCGUUUUUUUCCUGUGAUUUCCUUAGAAGAAGGGUUCUUUAAAGUUGAUUACUCCCAGUUCCAUGCGACAUUUGAAGUCCCCACCCCACCUUAUAGUGUGAAAGAACAGGAGGAGAUGCUUCUUAUGUCAUCCCCUUUAAUAGCACCAGCCAUAACUAACAGCAAAGAAAGACAUAAUUCUGUGGAAUGCUUAGAUGGACUGGAUGACAUUACUACAAAACUUCCAUCUAAGCUACAGAAAAUUACCGGAAGAGAAGACUUUCCCAAAAAACUCUUGAGGAUGAGUUCUACAACUUCAGAAAAAGCCUACAGCUUGGGAGAUUUGCCCAUGAAACUUCAACGAAUAAGUUCAGUUCCCGGUAACUCAGAAGAAAAACUGGUAUCGAAAACCACCAAGAUGUUGUCUGACCCCAUGAGCCAGUCAGUGGCCGACUUGCCACCAAAGCUUCAAAAGAUGGCUGGAGGAGCAGCGAGGAUGGAAGGGAAUCUCCCAGCCAAAUUAAGAAAAAUGAACUCUGAUCGAUUCACAUAA